AUGGCAUCGACCGACAGUCUCUCGACAGGCGAAGUACGCCACCAACUGCCCUUCCCCUUCUCGAACCAGGACGACUCGACACCAGCUCCGCUUCUACUUACCCAAGGCGCUGAAGCCCUGGUGUACCGCACCACCUUUCUCACGUCUUCAACUGCCUGCGCAUUAAAAUACCGACCGGCGAAGCCAUGGAGACACCGUACUCUGGACAUGAGAUUGACCCGUCAACGUAUCCUUGCUGAGGCUAGAGUACUGACUCGCUGUCGUCGCGAAGGUGUUGCUGUACCCGCCGUCUUGGGACUUGACUGGGAGCGUGGAUGGCUGGCACAAGAGUGGAUCUAUGGAAACACGGUCCGCAGAGUCUUGGAUUGGGUACACAGAGAGAGCGGCUUGCCCAGCAACGAGAAAGAGCAACAGGUACACGACCUGUUGCGAAGAAUCGGCAAUGCCCUCGGUCGUCUCCAUGAAAGAGGGCUGGUCCAUGGCGACUUGACAACCAGCAACCUGAUGCUGCGACCCGCCGAGAGCGACAUCAGUGACGAGGAUAGGCAAGUCGGAAAAGCCGUUCGCAUCGCCAAUACCAACGGAGAAGUCGUCCUUAUCGACUUCGGUCUCGCACAGCAGACAGUACAAGAGGAGGACAAGGCCGUCGAUCUAUACGUCCUCGAACGAGCUUUCGCUUCGACACAUCCCGAGGUGGAGCAAGACUUUGGCCAUCUGCUGCAAGCCUAUGGCGAGAGCUACAAGGGUGCCAAGACGGUGCUCAAGAGACUGGAAGAUGUGCGCAUGAGAGGCAGAAAGAAGAGCAUGUUGGGUUGA